AUGAGUGAACUUCCCAAUUUCAAUUUCAAGAGCGUCUCAAAACUCAAAAUAACACCCUCCCAAUCGUCUUUGGAAAUUCUCCCAGAUGAGCAUUCGAGUUCUCAGUUUGUUCACCCAAUUGAACUAACCAUUCAGGCCUUACUGGAACAGCCAUUGGAAGCUUUAAAUAAUAAACUACAGACAUUAUACGAAUCGCAGAUAAUGCUUCUCCAACUGCUACGGAAUAUUCAGAGGGUUUAUGACAACGUUGAUGCCACCAUUGAAAGCAAUACCAGGUCUAACGAUCCCAAUUCAUACAGAUAUUUGUUGGAUACAUUCAAAGAGAGAAUCAAAGUACUCAAACUUCGCAUAAUAAAGAUCAAUCAAAUGACGGAGACAAUAGAGAGAAGAGUUGAGUCCAUUGAAAGCAAGCUAUAA